GCAAGUGACGGCUAUCGGAUAGUUAUGGUUGGUUGUUUCUUUUCAAUCAUAAUAAUACGAGUUAUAUCUGAUUGGUUAUUGAAGGCGCUCAAUUUUUCAAUCUGAAUUUAGUGAAUAAUGUCGACUUCUUUGUUUUUUGUUAAUACAGAUUCAAACGAAGACAAAUCAGAGCUACAAUGUGUGGACGACCAAUCUCAGACUCAAAGCGAAGCCCAACAAGCUUUGCAACACUUUUGGCCAAAAGUUAUGGACGAAAUCAGAUCCAUUCGUAAUAUGGAUCUGAAACAACAAGUACUACCUUUGGCUCGAAUAAAAAAGAUUAUGAAACUUGAUGAAGACGUCAAAAUGAUUAGCGCUGAGGCUCCUUUGCUGUUCGCAAAGGCUGCAGAAAUUUUUAUACAUGAACUCACAUUGAGAGCUUGGAUUCAUACCGAAGACAACAAGAGAAGAACUUUACAGCGAAAUGAUAUAGCAAUGGCCAUUACAAAGUAUGAUCAGUUUGAUUUCUUAAUCGACAUUGUGCCAAGGGACGAUAUAAAACCAACCAAGAUUAGAGAGGAUGGGACAACAGCGCGUAGUGGAACAAAUCCAGAUCAGGUCCACUACUAUUUCCAAUUAGCUCAGCAACACCAUGCUAAUUUGCAACAAAAUAAUACCUCCACAACCUCAGGUUCUACAACAACCGUAACACAGCCUCAAGGAACCAUACAAAUUGUUCAGCCACAACAACUUCAAACAGUACAAGUCAGUGCUAUUGAGCAGAAUACAGGAGAUUCUUCACCUACGGCCACAACGACCCAAACUCCCGUGAUCAUCCAACAGAGUCAAACCAUUCCUCAGAGUCAGCAAGGAAAUGUUCAAAUCAUUCAACAGAUUGUCACCCCUAAUGGAGAAGUGCAGCAAAUACCAAUCCAACUGACACCUCAGCAACUUCAGAUGAUAAAAAUGCAGUUGCAAGGCAAUUCUUCCCAACCCGUUAUCAUUCAAACAGCCCCCAUUGGCACUGGGGCGCAGCCACAACUGAUUCAAGUUGCUCAACCGGCGACAACUGGGACACAACAAGUUUAUAUUGCACAAAGCAAUAACGGUGCUGAUACUGAAUAGAACUAACGUAUUUUAAUAUAAGGUUUUUAAAAGUGCUCGUUGUGGUUUUGGAAUGUUGUAAUUAUUUAUUUGUCUUUUGUUAUAGGAAGUUGUAAUAUAGAUUUCAGGAUAUA